UUUACUUUAUUAAUUAUUACUUUACCGAGUUUAAAAUGAAGGAGAGAAGGUCGUGCCAGAAAAGCUCGCUUCAGUGCGGCGUGGAACCGAGUCCGAAUGUUAAAUGUAAGAUAGUGGUGGUGGGUGACAGCCAGUGUGGGAAAACCGCAUUACUGCACGUUUUUGCUAAGGACUGUUUUCCCGAGAAUUAUGCUCCAACCGUGUUUGAGAAUUACACUGCAAGUUUUGAGAUAGACAGUAGAAGGAUUGAGCUCAGUCUGUGGGACACAUCAGGCUCGCCGUAUUACGAUAACGUCAGGCCGCUCUCGUACCCGGACUCGGACGCCGUCAUCAUCUGCUUCGACAUCAGCCGACCCGAGACGCUGGACAGCGUUCUGAAAAAGUGGAAGGGAGAGAUUCAGGAAUUCUGCCCCAACACCAAGAUGCUGCUCGUCGGCUGCAAGUCGGACCUGAGGACGGACCUCAGCACCUUAGUGGAGCUGUCUAACCACAGACAGAUGCCCGUUUCGUAUGAUCAGGGUUCAGCCAUGGCUAAGCAGAUCUCGGCUCCGUACAUCGAGUGUUCGGCGCUGCAGUCGGAGAACAGCGUGCGCGACAUUUUCCACGUUGCAACGCUCGCCUGCGUCAACAAGAACAGCAAAAACGUAAAGCGCAACAAAUCGACGCGCUCGACCAAACGCGUCUCGCACAUGCCCGGCAGACCUGACCUGGCAGGCGUGGCAACAGACUUCCGCAAGGACAAAGCCAAGAGCUGCACAGUCAUGUGAUUCUGUCCGCUAAAACACAGGCAUUCUGGGACAACAUUCUGGGGGAUCACAAAGGGUGGAGGGGGAAACGUGUAAAUCCAGACCAGCUGAGUAAACCAAAGGGGAAACGGACGGACACCUGACGUCCAUUUUUCCUCCUGUGAGUCGCAGCCCAACAUCAGGUGGAAACGAGUAGUCAGACGUUCCCCCCGUUCCUCUGACCCUACCACCAAGUAGGAGGAAGCCCCCUGCCUUUAAACCAGCGAGAGGCCUUGCUUCCGACUCCCGCAGGCAACCUGCUUCCUGACAGGAAACGAAGCAAGAACUUGAGCUCUUCGCAGGAAAUACGUGGAGGCACCGUCAAAGCUGGGGCUCGUCCUAGCAUGUGAUCACUGAGAAAGAGAACGAGAAGGAAACAGAAAACAGAUGGAAAAAAAAUGAAGGAAGGAAUCCGCCGCAGCGUGUUGCAAACCGAAACUCGUACUUCUUUCAGUCAGGAAUAGAAUUAAGCAGAAGUACUGGAGUGUUUAUCACUGUGGUCCCAGUUUCUCUCUGUUUCUACACUGCUGUUCAUCUUUUCUCUUCUGCACACAGUCGCCAUGGAUACAAUAUUUCUGUAGAUCUGUAUUUAGCUUUUAUUUAAACCAAAGAGUUUAUAAAGAGCGAGAGUGUGGGUGCGAAUUCGACCUGGCUGAUCCUCCACAGACUGGGUCAUGAUGGACUGGUACUGUUGGCAUAUCGUUUAUAUCCAGACUGUUCUGAAUUUUUAGUGUACCUCCCACUAGCUGAACUGUUCCAGUCAUGAGGCCACCGCCCCUUACAGAGCUUAUAUUGUCUGUGUGGAUGCCCAACCGGUUGAUAGCACAACUGAGAUUCGAACCCUUGAGCUGGACAUAGCACAUCACAACAGCAGAGAGGAAAAACCCUGUCCGACUUCCCCUCCCUCGGACGCAGCCACUUGUGUCUGUCUCAAAGGCGGUGUGCCAGUGCAUAAGGCCACUGCGGGAUAUUCCGCUAGCACACCAGCACUGAGUGAGAAACUCGGUGUUGCCACCGGUUGGCUAGGCAUAACUGGCAGUGCCUGCAGCAGAUACUAAUUGGACACCGUAUCUGCAGGGUGGGGGCCGGACUAUGUGCGGGUGGGUGGUUCUUCAUACUCUGUGUAAGGACCCUGAUUGGCGGAAGAGACGCCUGUGCGGAAUGCAGGGCGAGAAGAGGAGGGCUGUACACGUGUCGGAGGAGGCGUGUACAGCGACGUGCUCUCCUCGGAUGCAAUCGGGUAUCUCUCAGCAGCGGAAGACAAAAUUAAGUCGCUAAAUUGUGAGGGAAAAUGCAUUAAAAAAAAAAGAAAGUGUUUUCUGUCUGGCCGGUCUGUGAAAGGUGAAGCAGGUUGGAGUCACGCUGUAAGACAGGCUGUGAGAAACGGCAAGUAAAAGACGAGGUGUGAAAGAUAAAGGUCUGAGAGUGAGAGGCGUCAUCACGAAGACGAUGUUUUAGACUGAAGGACACGAGCGACGCUCCGGCUUUCACUGUAGAGCUCGAGAGUGAGACCGAGCGAGAGCGCCCACCACGAAGCCAAUUCUAAACUAUAAAACCGCUGCAAACGAAGCAGGUCAGCAGUUGCACUUUGAGCUCGACCUUUUCAAAUAGAAUUUGGAUUCCUUUAUGUAUUUCUGACUUUUUCAUCUUCUGUUCAUGUCUGCUGUGUUAUCAUGUCUGAUUUGUUGUGUGUUAAUGUGGAGUUGCUUCAAGUGAACAGUUCUGUUUUUAUUGUACUGAAAUCUGUAGGUCGUCUUAAAUAUUUAUUGACUUGCUUUUUGACUUUUGAACUAAUUAUUAAUGUAAAACUAAAUUAAAAGGAUUUUUGAUAUAAAAUCAUAACAACUACGA